GGUAUUUCGUUCACGAUUUGUUUGACCUAAAUACCCUCUUUUUGUGGCUAACCUGAGCACUGGAUUUCCCUUCUCAACCCUCGGAACCUCGAUACCCUUCUCUCUUUUCCCCAUCUUCUCCUUACCCUUCUUCUCAUAUUUCCGAUUUUCUCCACUUCCCCGCCAAUUUUCCAAUUAACCUCUUUUUCAAACACCAAACCCUAAAACUAUGAUUUCAUACUCCUCUUUCGUUUCAGGUUUCUGUUGAUACAUACAAUUCAGGAUAUUUCGUUACACUGGAUAGAGGAUUGAUGUGGUUUCUUUGACUCCUCUUUGGUUAUCUGUGGGAUCUUGCAAACUGUGUCUCAGCCAUAAAACAGUGAUUCAUAUUGUAAUCCGAGCAGCAGUUGUUAUUGUUAAAGUAGCGAUUUAUAUCUUCAAUGGCUAACAACGAUUUGAUACUUGGUCAAAAUCACAAUUUGGCACUUGGUCAUGAGGAGCAAUCAAUGCUUGGUCAUAAUCAUGAUCUAGGUCUCGGUGAGAACCAUGAAAUUGAAAUGGGAUCAGCCCACGAGCAUCAAUUGGGACAAACUCAUGAGCAUGAACUGGACUUGGGACCAACCCAUGAACAUGAACUGGACUUGGGACAAACCCAUGAGCAUGUACUGGACUUGGGACAUGAUAUUGACAAUAACAUGGGAUUAGAACAAAAUCAUGCUCAAGAAGGUGAUGAUGGUCAGACUUAUGAGCAUGAGCUAACCAUGGAACAAAAAUCUGGGCAUGAUGACCACAAGUCGCCCCUUCCUGGACAAAACCAUGAUCUGGUCAUAGAGAACAAUAAUCUAAAUGUUUUUGAAAACCAAGGAUUUGAUGAGAACAUGGACCUGGCUGUGAUUCAGCACCCUGAGAUGGGCGCUGAUUCUGACAAUGAUAUGAGUAUGCAACAGUCACAGUUUAUGCUUUCUUCUGAAUCCCAUGUAAUUCAGGCUCGUACACUUGCUGUAAGUCCAACUUAUGAACUGACAGUGGGCCAAGAAUUCCCUGAUGUCAAGAGUUGUCGAAGGGCAUUGAGGGAUACAGCAAUUGCCUUGCACUUUGAAAUGCAGACUAUUAAAUCUGAUAAGACACGCUUCACUGCUAAGUGUGCCAGUGAAGGGUGUCCCUGGCGCAUUCAUGCAGCAAAGCUCCCAGGGGUUCCAACUUUUACUAUCAGGACAAUUCAUGAGAGUCAUUCAUGUGGAGGAAUUUCCCAUCUUGGUCAUCAGCAAGCUUCGGUUCAGUGGGUUGCUAACUCUGUGGAGCAAAGGCUGAAGGAGAACCCUAAUUGCAAGCCAAAGGAGAUAUUGGAAGAGAUUCAUAUGGUUCAUGGCAUCACCUUAUCGUACAAGCAAGCGUGGAGAGGCAAGGAGCGUAUUAUGGCUGCAAUGCGUGGAUCUUUUGAAGAAGGGUAUCGCUUGCUUCCACAAUACUGUGCACAAGUGAAACGGACAAACCCAGGCAGUAUUGCAUCUGUUUAUGGAAAUCCAACUGAUAAUUGCUUCCAGCGUCUCUUUAUUUCUUUUCAAGCAUCUAUAUAUGGCUUUUUAAAUGCAUGUCGACCACUCUUGGGGCUUGAUAGAACAUAUCUGAAGAGCAAGUAUCUUGGUACAUUACUUUUUGCUACUGGAUUUGAUGGUGAUGGGGCUCUCUUUCCUCUUGCAUUUGGUGUUGUUGACGAAGAGAAUGAUGAUAAUUGGAUGUGGUUUCUCUCUGAACUUCAUAACCUGCUUGAGGUUAAUACUGAAAACAUGCCAAGACUUACUAUUUUGUCUGAUAGACAGCAGGGAAUUGUGGAUGGUGUUGAAGCAAAUUUUCCUACUGCUUUCCAUGGAUUUUGUAUGCGUCACUUGAGUGACAGCUUCCGAAAGGAAUUUAAUAACACCAUGCUGGUCAAUCUUCUAUGGGAAGCAGCCAACUGUCUUACAAUAAUUGAAUUUGAAGGUAAAGUUAUGGAAAUUGAAGAGAUAUCACAAGAUGCUGCAUAUUGGAUUCGAAGAGUUCCACCUCGUCUAUGGGCUACCGCCUAUUUUGAGGGGCACAGGUUUGGUCAUUUGACAGCUAACAUAGUUGAAGCCUUAAACAGUUGGAUAUUGGAAGCAUCUGGGCUUCCGAUAAUUCAAAUGAUGGAAUGCAUUAGAAGGCAGCUAAUGACUUGGUUCAAUGAGCGCCGAGAGACCAGUAUGCAGUGGACAUCCAUACUUGUUCCUUCUGCUGAGAGGAGUGUUGCAGAGGCUCUAGAACGUGCACGCACUUAUCAGGUUCUCCGUGCCAAUGAAGCUGAAUUUGAAGUUAUAUCUCACGAAGGAACUAAUAUAGUCGAUAUAAGGAAUCGCUGUUGUCUUUGUCGUGGUUGGCAGCUUUAUGGCUUGCCCUGUGCACAUGCUGUGGCAGCACUUCUAUCCUGCAGGCAGAAUGUUCAUAGAUUCACAGAAAGUUGUUUUACUGUUGCAACUUAUCGCAAGACGUACUCACAAACCAUACAUCCAAUUCCUGACAAAUCUCUCUGGAAGGAAUUGUCUGAGGGGGAUGCGAAUGUUACCCAAGCUCUUGAAGUUGUGAUUAAUCCUCCUAAAUCACUCAGACCACCUGGGCGACCAAGAAAGAAGAGAGUCCGUGCAGAAGACCGUGGGCGCGUUAAACGUGUGGUGCAUUGUAGUCGUUGCAAUCAAACAGGUCACUUUAGAACAACAUGUGCUGCUCCCAUCUAGUUAUCUCUCAGCCAAAGACUUCAUGUCCUCUAUUAUUUAUUUUUAGGCUUCAUAGACUCAUAGCUUAGAAUUGCAAACAAUUUAUGUUUUUUAUUUGAUGUUAAUCAGUUAAUAUGAAUUAAUUUUUAGCAGAUAUUCUAUAUUUAUAUAUCUUACUCCAAUUA